AUGAAGUCGAUCCCGAUUGUCUUGACCGGCCUCGCCGCCCUCGCCGCAGCCGAGAGCACCAGCCAUAAGCGCGCCACUGGCACCACCCCGAGCAAGGAGGAGCUCUGCAAGGAGACGGAGAAGUGCAUUGAGGAGAUUAAGGACAAGGGGCAGGACUUUUCCUGGGACUUGGUGGCUAAGUGCCUCGCCGUGCGCCGUCCUCCGCCGACCAAGGAGGAGCUGUGCGUCGGCUUCAAGGACGACUUUGAAGCCUGCCAGCGCGAGACCGGCGUCUGCUUCAACAAGAUCUCCGCCGAGGAGGACUUCACCUGGGAGAAGGUGUCCAAGUGUCUCGAGGGCCGCCUGCCCUCCGCGUCCGGUAGCGCCGCGCCGCCCGCCGCGCCCACCUCGACCAAGCCCGAGGACAAGCCUGUCGCACCUCCGGCCAACACGCCUACCGCGCCGCAGGACAAGGGCGCCACCGACGCGGGCACCGCGUUCAAGGCGGACCUCCGCGUCGAUACCAACCGCGACGGCGUCGUCGACGUCGACGACACCUCGGACCAGGCCGGCAAGGACACCUGGACCGACGCCGCCGGCGCCAUCUUCCUGCCCAACAUUGCCGACUCGGGCGACCGCUGCAAGAAGCUGCACACCAACUUUGCGCUGCCCCGGCAGCUCGCCACGCUGUACGACACGCUCGGCAAGUGCCACGACGCCGCCGACGACGAGCAGCGCGCGCCGCAGAACCUGGCGCCCAUGCGCACCAUGCCCAUCCAGGGCCUGAGCGACGCGGCCACCGGCACGAUCAGCAUCGCGGAGGAAAAGUCGCGCGCGCUCGUCCGCGUCUUCCGUGAGGCCAAGGGCGGCAAGUGGGAGAUUGUCAACAACGACACCAUCUUCACCGCGCAAGACCUGAAGGAGGGCCUCACGCUCGGCGUGGAUGCGCGCGACACGCGCCGCCCGGACUGGGACGGCCGCGUGAGCAUCGCCUUCACCGUGCGCGACGGCCAGGCCGAGUCCACCGACACCGCCAUGCUGCGCGUCGCGCCGGUGCUCCUGCACCACCACCGCCAGGCCGUUACCGAGGUCUUUACGUCCGACUUCCCUCAGUUUACGGGCCAGGUGAAGGAUUAUCUCAACACCAUCAUCGCUGGCAUCCAGACGAGCAUGAAGACGGCCGGCAUCACCGGCCCGCUCACGCGCCUCGCGACCAACGACGUCUGGGCGCAGGACUACUUUGAGCCUGGCUACACCAGCAUGCCGGGUCCCAACGGCACCGCCGUCGCGCUGCGCGUUGUCAUCGAGGGCCGCCACGACCAGAAGCACAACGCGACCAGCGUCAUCUACACCACCCUCCGCGGUGACGGCGUCGGCGCCGUCGCCCAGAAGCUGCCCCGCCAGGCCGACCUCAGCAAGCGCAGCUCCGACUUUGACGCCGGCGGCAACCUCGAGUCCCUCCCGCCGUACGAGCUCAACGGGCACAAGUACCCGGCCGGCCGCAUCCUCGUCGGCGGCGACAGCGACAACCUGCCCGUCGGCAUGGACUUCUUCGCCGCGCAGGAGAUACAGGCCCCGCUCGUGCUCGACUCGACCUGGCUCUCGGUCAAGCACGUCGACGAGAUGGUGCAGGCCGUGCCCGCCAAGACGCCGCGCGGCUGGGCCCUCCUCGUCGUCGACGCCGAGAUGGGCCUGCAGAUGCUUCGCGACGCCUCGGCCGCCGGCUUCGGCAGCCAGCGCGUCAUCAGCCGCUCGCCCCGCACUGGCCCGACCAUUGCCCAGUUCCUCAACACAAAGUCAAACACCGUCGCCGCCGAGGUCGCCGCCAAGGCCAUGGCCGCCAACAUCGAGAUCCUCAAGAAGGAGACGGGCCUGACCGAUGCCGAGAUUCACCGCGUCCCCGCGCUCAUCAGCCUCCUCAAGCUUUCUCAGGACUACGUCAAGCCGUCCAAGCGCCGCCGCGGCCUCAGCAGCCGCGACGACGCUGCCGAAGCCGCCCUCGACGCCGAGUUUCUCGACAAGUUCCCUUCCCACCUGCCUGACGAGGACGAGACCGAGGCCGACGAGACCCCUACCGAGCAGCGUCGCCAGGCCGCUGCCCCCAAGCCCCCCCGCUACAACUCCGUCCUGCCCAGCCUCGUCAACGGCGUGCCCCUGUCCGACUCGCACUACCUGGCCCCUAAGCCCUUCGGCACCGUCAUCGACGGCAAGGAUAUCUUCGAGGAAGCCGCUGCCGCCGCCUACAAGAAGGCCGGCUUCACGACUAUUGAGUUCAUGGAGGAGUGGAGGAUUCAUAGCGUCGCUGGCGACUUGCACUGCCUUAGCAACACGUUCCGCGAGACUUCUGAGCAAUGGUGGUAA